AUGCCCAGCUAUGCCCGCUCCCAGCUGUAUAAGUACUAUGCUACAUCUUUCCUUCGGAACGCCAAUGGUCGUCACUUUUGCAUUGUCUUGUGCUCCUGGCCUUUUCACAACAGCCAAACCGCCAUCUGGUCCAACCUUGCUUUGAUACAGGUCGUAUCAAAACGUGUUGCUCCUCUGUUGGACACGAGUAGCAUUACCCCACAUAAUCCAGCAGCCUCCAUGUCUGCACCUCAAAUCCCAAACAUAACCCUACCAGACGGGACUACCAUGUCCCUUUAUUCUCCAGACCUCCCUGAAAAGCUCCCCAAUUUCCCUCCAUCUUUCCAAAGAAAGAUUGUGCGUCAAUUGGAGAGCCAAUUGGAGUCUUCUCAUGCACUUCCUAAAGGAAAUUCGGCAGCUGAGGAGCACGCAAGGUUUAUGCUGAUCGAUGGUGCAAGCUGGCAGCUUGGGAAGUGCCUUCGGUACUCUACCCCGACUAGGAUUGCUGAGGCCGUAGCACCCUUGACCCAGACCCAUCGGCGAAGGCUCAAUAAAACAGCUGUCAUCCCGAUGCUCUUCCUCGGUGUUGCGUUGAGCAGGCACGAGGGCGAAGAAGAACGAAGCGUAAGAGCAUUUACUGAGGCCUUCAGCAACCUCGGUGAUAUACCAAAGAUGCCGGAGAAGAAUCUCAUAUGGGCUCGAGCUAACAUGGCUCGCAUGCUUCGCAGGAUGAAUAAGACAGAGGAGGCGAGCCAGCAGGAGAAAUUGACCAGGGAAUGGAUCCUGGCACACCUAUAUAAAUAUCCGCCAAGCGAGAUCAAGAAUAUCAUAGCGGACGAUAUCGGAACUGGCACUAACAUCCUUGAUCACAACGAUGUCCUGGCACUUUUCUCUACGCUGAGAGAAAUUGGCCCCAAACAAGCUAUACUUAAUGGCAAUAUCCUUAUUCAUUAUGGGGUGAAGCCACCUCCAGGCUUUCAGUGA